AUGAAGAGACCUCUUCUUCCAGGGUCUCCCUUGUCAACUCCACGCUCCAUUUCAUCCCACACAAUGUUCUCGACCAAACUUCGGCCGCUUCAAGGCUGCGCUCUCUAUACCCAUGCUGGCCGAGGCAGCGUCUCUCAUCAAUGUUCACGUCUGCCCACUUGGUCAACAAGACGAUUCGCUUCUAAUCUAAACAAGUCACCCUUUACGCGUCCGCAAUCUAUCCUCGCAAAGCAGCGCCUCAACCGCCCCGUCUCCCCCCACUUAACCAUCUACCAGCCUCAAAUAACCUGGGUUGUCAGUAUCGCGACUCGCAUAACCGGAGUUGCGCUCUCGGGCGGUCUAUACCUUUACGCAACAGCUUACCUCCUCUCGCCAGGAGUGACAGGAUGGAACAUCGGCUCUGAGUCCCUGGUGAACGCCUUCGGCAGCCUCUCACCUGUAUCCCAAUUCGCGCUGAAGUUCGCAGUCGCGCUUCCGUUUUCGUUCCAUAGCUUUAAUGGCAUUCGCCAUUUGAUUUGGGAUACCGGGAGUAUGAUGACGAAUCAGCAGGUUGCAAGGAGUGGCUGGACGGUUGUUGGGGCUUCGGUUGUUGCUGCUUUUAUGUUGGCUUUGUGGAGGCCUUCUGGUGCUGAUCGAGCUGUGCAGUGA